AAGGUACCUUUCUGAACCACUCAUGCAUGUCUUGGCUGGGCGGAAUUCUGCCCUCCGCUCGCAUGUUACGUAUGACAGUCCUGUACGGAGAUCGAAAACGUAUGGACGAUCCCAUCCCACGCUGUGCUGAUGCAGUUUCACGUGUUCACAGUUUGAUGAACAAGGUUACCAUGGCAAAAGUUCGUGGAAAACUUGUAAUUAUUUGGAGCAUCACCUGCUUCAUUUGCCUUCUUGUUACUGCUCGCCAGUUGUCCAUUUCAAUGGUAACUGUCAAGACAUCCACACGUUCGACACAGACUGUGCCUCCAACAGCUUUCCUGCCAACAGCUUUCCUGCCAACAAUGAACGUGACUAACGCCGCCAUACCAGGACCACCCAUCGUCGUACUGACUUCAACGAACGCAGGUUUCUUAAAACUCACCGAAAACCUGCUUGAAAGUAUCAAGAGAACAACGUCCUCUGCAAACAUAACAUUGAUCGCCGAAGACGAGCAGUCUUAUAGCUACUUGACCAAUAGAAGUGAAUUAUAUCCAGGCCUGAGAGUACAGAUGACCGAUACGGGACUCACUACUUCCAAGAAACUGUUGAUUGGCACGAAGACGUACAAACAAUUCAUUAAGAAACGUGCACGGUACAUAUUGCAGUUCCUCCAGUCGGGUGUGGCAGUGCUCUUUGCCGAUUCCGACACCUUUUGGGUUAAAGAUCCCUUCAAAGAUUUUGAGGGGGAGUUUGAUUUUGCCGCACAUAAUGAGGAAAAACCUCCCAAACGACCCAUAUUUUGUGCCGGUUUCGCCUAUUAUCGGCCAACAGAGAACACACUUCGUCUGGUUAAGGAAUGGGUGCAAUUGCUAGAUACAACGGAUCGGAAUACCAUGGAUCAAGUAGUUUUAAACCGCCUGAUCAAUAGAGAAAUACAGAAAGAGGUCCCCGGUUUGAAAAUCAAGACCUUGGAUCCUAACCAAUACCCUGAUGGUAGAUUGGAUUAUCGUAUUCCUGGAUGGAAAGAGCCUCGCUAUGAUGAAAUAACUGUAGUGCAUUUAAGUUACAUUCGUGGAUAUAACGCCAAAGUACAGAAAUUCAGGGAACUUGGUUGGUGGUUGGUAUAAAUAGAUUUUGGGAAUAGUUGGUUAAUUAAUGGUAAUCAUUGAAACUGUUUUUGGGGGGUUUUUUUGCUUUCAAAUUUUACUGCGGCAGCGGCGAUUUUUUUUUGGGGGGGGGGGGGGGGGGGCUUCUUUGCAAAAUUCAAAAGGGGGAAGCAGUGCUGGACGUCAUCUUACCACCGAAAUGCGUUGUAUUGCAAACAUGACUUGUAUAACGUACAUUUGCAAAUGUACGUUAUACAAGUCAUGUUUGCGCGUUUGACGCCCAUUCUUGUUUUCGACAACCGGGCCCCGGACACGGGGUUUACGCACAUGUAGUGUGCAAUAAAUAAACAUAAAAAUUGUGUGUUCUGAUAUGUAACGUACGUGGGUGUGCGCAUGGGGGGAUUUCAAUCGGUACCUACGGUUUGAAAUUCACCAAGGGGGGGGGGGGGUGCCGCCCAUUCUUGAAUAUAAGGUGUAAAUAGUAUAAUGAUCUACACGAUUUCUUCGAUUUGUAGUGUAAAACUCGCUUCAAUUUCUUGAGUUGUUUCUAAAAGUGAAGACAUUUUUGUUGGCUGCAAGAGAGUAGCUAGGUAUUCACCAUGAGAUAAAUAAAGCAACAUAAUCAACCUAA